GCGGGGUUAGAGCCGCGGCCCGUCCCUCCUCUUCCUGCGGCCCCUCCUCUUCCUGCGGGUCCGUUACCGGCCCGUUCCCGGGGCCGGCCGGCGGCACCAGGCAGGUUUAUGCCCCUGCCUGGCAGCAGCAAAGGAAGUUGACCACUGCUGGAUACAAAGGCUGACCCAGUGAAUCUGUAACCUGAGUGCUGAUCCAGACGCUGCUGUGAAAUACCAAUAAUGUGCUGUGGUGACCUCCUUUGCCAUCGUACCAGGUCGUAGGGCUUGAUCCAAGGGAGUAGGAAAUUGAGCCGUUGAUGAAUGUAGGUUCUUUAUAAUGUAACUGCACCUGAAGAAAUCCCCAGUGGUUUUGUGUCAUGCUGAGUAACAACAUGGGGCACUGUUUCGUGGGACGGGGAGCCAUGAUCCCAAGGAAGCUGAAGCCGUUUCUGUGCAGGAUGUUGUCGGGUUACAAACCCAAAAAUGACGUCAAGGACUCUUACAAAGUUCUGGAGCUGGAGGAAGGCUGUUCCCUCGACGACGUCAGGAACUCCUAUCACAAUCUUGCCAAAAAAUACCACCCGGACAGCAGCUCCGGCAUGGCCGAUUCCAAGGCCUUCAUACGGGUGGAGGAGGCCUACAGGAUGGUGCUCGGCGACCUGGCAGCCAAACAGAAAUCAGACUCGGGCGAGGAGGAGGAAGACCAGUUCAAAUCCAAGUCCCUGCAGCACAGGCACUACCUGAGCUUCGAGGGCGUGGGCAUCGGCACGCCGAGCCAGCGGGAGAAGCAGUACAUGCAGUUCCGCGUGGACCGCGCCACCGAGCAGGUGCUGGAGUACCGGCAGCAGCGCCUGGAGAGCCGCUACGCCGGCAGCGACCUCAGCAGGGCCCAGGACGUGCGGCAGAGCAAGAAGGUGAAGAUCACGCAGGCCGUGGAGCGGCUGGUGGAGGACCUCAUCCAGGAGUCCAUGGCCAAAGGAGACUUCGACAACCUGAGCGGCAAAGGGAAGCCCUUGCAGAAGUUCUCGCACAGCCCCCACAUCGACCCCAUGACCCACAACCUGAACAGGAUCCUCAUCGACAACGGCUACCAGCCCGAGUGGAUCCUGCUGCAGAAGGAGAUCCGCGAGACCAUCGAGCGCCUGAGGAAGAGCAUCGUGGCCUCCAGGAGGAAGCUGGGGGAGCCCAUGACGCUGUCGCAGCAGAAGCAGUGGGGCCGUGUUUGCGAGCAGUUCGCUGAAGACAUCAGGAAGUUGAACAAGAGAGUUGACAACUUCAACCUGGUGGUGCCCAUCCUGAGCAGGCAGAUGGUGCAUUUCAGCACCGACAAGGAGAUCCUGCGAGCACGAAAGACUUACGAGGCUGUCGCGGAAAAGGUUUCUGAUCCAGGCACGAAGGAAAACGGGGGGGAACAGGGCAAAAGGUUUGGGUGGAAGUCUUCUCUCUUGAAGUGGUUAAAACUUGCACCGAAAUAAUUUCAUACUAAUUCCUCUUGCCAAGGUUUUUGAAUGCACUUUAUUAAUGAAAUAUAGCACUAGAGAAAUUUCAGGUUCACUGGAAAUGUCAAAUCCACGCUGUUACACUACUUGAAGGAAAUUUGGUUGUGUGAUGAGCAUUUGCAUUAUAAAUAAUUAUUUUUAAAUAUUAUUAAAUGAAAUGCGCCAGUU